AUGUCAACAACAAGCCCUUUGGUGGACCUUGCUUCAGGUUCAGUUGUAGCAGAUGAAGCCACUAGUAAUAAUAAACAUAAUAAAUACACAACUUGUGAUUCACCUUCAGGCUCAUCAACUUCAGAACCACACGACGACGUUAUAAAUAUUCAACCUUCUUCUUUUAUUGACCAAUCUUUCUUUUAUAAAUUGGACCAACUAUCUCCAGACAACCCCUUGUUUUUUAUGCAACAACAACAACAACAACAACAACAACAACAACAACAACAUUUAUUACAGCCACAAAGACAACAUAUCCUAUCACCCUCACUUUCACCUUCACCUUCAUUACCUUCACCCUCGCAACAUACCGUACAGAGUUUUGUAGACCCUCUUUUACCAAACACAUCAACACCUACAGACUCUCAUCCAACAUUUUGGUCUGGUUUUAACAAUGCUAUUCCAAACCUCGCUAAGAACUUUACUGAAUAUAUCUCUGGUUAUCCAGUGCAACAAUCACAACCACCAUUUAAUUCACCAUUACCACUUAAAACGGAACGAUCUUCUUCUACUACAUCGAUUACUACUACUACUAUGCCAGGGUAA